AUGGAAGGAGCCAUCUCCAGCUGGCCCAACUCGAGGAUUGCCGUCGUCACCGGCGGGAACAAGGGGAUCGGAUUCGAGGUCUGCCGGCAACUAGCUAGUUACGGAAUCACAGUUGUUCUUACAGCCCGGGACGAGACGAGAGGGGCGGAGGCAGUAGAGAGGCUCAGAGCGCUGGGGGUCACCGAUGUCAUCUUCCACCAGCUAGAGAUCACGGACGCUUCGAGCAUUACUACACUGGUGGAUUUCCUCGAGGCCCGUUUCGGGAAGCUGGACAUCCUGGUGAAUAACGCUGCAGUUGUAGGAGUUGAGUAUUUCAAACAACUCGAUACGAAGAAAGAAAAGUUUGCUGGCCUGGAUUUUUACCAGAGAAUCGAGUGGAUGUUCAAGAAUGUCAAUGAACGGAUCGAUGGUGCAAGAAAAAGCGUGCAGACAGACUACUACGGCACGAAGCGUGUAACCGAAGCCCUACUGAAUCUGCUGCAAUCUUCCUCUGAUGGAAGGAUAGUGAAUGUCUCCUCCGAUUUCGGACUGCUAAGGUGUAUCAGCAACGAGGAGGUGAGGCAGGAUCUUAACGACAUCGACAACUUGACGGAGGAGAGGCUGGCCGAGCUGCUGGACAAGUUCCUCAGGGACUUCGAGGCCGGUGAGCUGGAGGCGAACGGGUGGCCCACGGGGUUCUCGGCAUACAGGGUCGCCAAAGCCGCCAUGAACGCGUACACAAGGUUGUUGGCGAGGAGGCACCCCAUGCUGCGCAUCAACUGCGCGCAUCCAGGCUACGUCAAAACGGACAUGACCAUGGGCUCCGGUGUCCUGACUACUGAGGAGGGAGCACGCAAUGUGGUGAAGGUUGUGCUGCUGCCGGAAGGCGGGCAGACGGGCAAGUACUUCGCCAAGGGUGAGGAGUCAUCGUUCAUGUGA